AGACAAACUGUGGAUUUGUAUGGAAUUUUGUGGUGGAGGUUCUCUGCAAGAUAUUUACCAUAUUACAGGACCUCUUACAGAAAUACAGAUAGCCUAUAUGUGUCGAGAAACACUAAAUGGUUUGGCAUAUCUUCAUUCAAUGGGAAAAAUGCAUCGUGACAUCAAAGGUGCUAAUAUUCUCCUUACAGAGAAUGGAGAUGUAAAACUUGCUGACUUUGGGGUGUCAGCUCAAAUUACAGCAACUAUAAAUAAGAGAAAGUCUUUCAUUGGUACACCAUACUGGAUGGCCCCUGAAGUAGCAGCAGUUGAAAGAAAAGGUGGUUACAAUCAGCAGUGUGAUAUCUGGGCUGUGGGUAUUACAGCCAUUGAGUUAGCAGAACUCCAGCCUCCAAUGUUUGAUCUUCAUCCAAUGAGAGCUCUGUUCCUAAUGUCCAAGUCUGGAUUUAAACCACCUACACUUAAGGAUAAGAACAAAUGGUCUCCAAAUUUUCACCAUUUUGUUAAAGUUGCUCUUACGAAAAAUCCAAAGAAAAGACCACCAGCAGAAAGACUACUUCAGCAUCCAUUUGUUAAUGGUGAUUUGACAAAGCGGUUAGCAAAAGAACUUUUAGACAAGUGUAACAAUCCACACCAGAGUUUUUCAGAUUUGGAUGUGGAUGAGGAAGAGACGAUACCUGAUGUGCCUCAUCGAAUUACAUCUAAGAAGUCAGCUCACAAUAAACAAAGAACAAUAUCUGAACUUCAUAUGGAGAGUAUAAAUUUUGAACCACCUCUGCUGACAGAAUUGUCUAUAGAUCAGGGGCCAGGACAGUGCCAAGUAUCUCAAGCCUGGGGGAUCUCGGAGGAGAUCAGUCUGGAAGAUGGUUAUGACUUGGCCACUGCCUGGAUGGAAGAGAGUGGUGAUUCAGAAGUUAUUCGCAAGAGUCUAUUGGAGAUUGUAGAUGAGGAACUUCUGCAAAGGGGCCACCCAGAGAGCUUGGCGGAGCUUGAAGAGGAUCUCAUGUUUACCCAGCAAGCUACCCUACCACUUCAAGAUUCUCAGGUUUUAGAAGACAAGAAGGCUAAGGAUAGUGAGAAGUUAGAAGAUAAAAAGAAUGGACACACCUUACAUCAGGACUUGUGUUUGAUUAAAGAAAACAAUAGAUCAGGAACUUUAACUAUUGAGCCAACUCUAAGUAGUGAUGAAACAGAUGAACAGUUCUCAACACCACCUAGCACAGUUUCAAGUUCUCAGCAGAAUGGUAAUAUCUUGAAACUUGAUAUAUCUGUUCUAUCACAGACAAAAAAUGUUGAUACUGAGAUAGAACAACCAGAAACACCCCCCAGGAGAAGAGAAAAAAAGAAAGUUACACCACCGAGACCAGUAAGCAAUGGACUUCCACCCACACCUAAAGUUCAUAUGGGAGCCUGUUUUUCUAAAGUAUUUGAUGGAUGCCCACUAAACAUUCAUUGUACUGCUUCGUGGGUACAUCCCGACACUAGAGACCAAAAUAUACUGUUUGGUUGUGAAGAAGGGAUUUAUACCUUGAAUAUGAAUCAGCUCCAUGAUGCUUCAAUGGAACAGCUAUAUCCAAGAAGAACGACAUGGAUGUUUAUAAUAAAGAAUAUCUUGAUGUCUCUUUCAGGUAAAACGCAACAGUUAUACAGACAUGAUCUCCUGAUUCUUCAUGGAAGACACACCAACAGGUUUUCUAUGUCAAUGAAUAAAAUACCUGAGAGGCUUGUUCCUAGAAAAUAUGCAGCCACCUCCAAGGUUCCCGAUACCAAGGGUUGUACUAGAUGUUGCGUGGGAAGAAACCCUUACAAUGGUUAUACGUAUCUUUGUGGAGCUGUUCCUAAUGGCUUGUUUCUUAUGCAGUGGUACAAUCCCCUCAACAAAUUCAUGUUGUUAAAGCAAUUUGAAUGUUUCCUGCCAAGUAACCUCUCGGUGUUUGAAAUAAUCAUUACACCGGGCAUGGAAUACCCUUUGUUAUGUGUAGGAGUCAGAAGAGGGUAUGACAAAGGCCAUGUGAAGCUAGAGAUGAUUGACCUGAACUCUUCUGCAAAUUGGUUUGAAGAACAUGAGGAUGGGAUGGAAACAAUCGUACCUCGUUAUGAUUAUCUCAACAUCACUAAAGUGACACAUCUUGAAAAAGAUACUAUUUUAGUUUGUCAUGACAAUUUAGUGAAAGUGGUGAAUCUUCAGGGGAAGUUGAAGUCUAGUAGAAGACAGCCAGCAGAGUUGCAUUUUGAUUUUAAAGUAAAGUCCAUAGUUUGUCUAACAGAUAGUGUUUUAGCAUUUCAUGAACAUGGAAUGCAAGGUCGCAGUUUCAAAGACAACGAAGUAGUUCAAGAAAUCAAUGACAAUACACGGAUAUUCCGCUUGUUGGGAUCAGAUAGGAUAGUGGUGUUAGAAAGUAGGCCUACUGAUGAACCCAACACUCCUUCCAACCUGUACAUAUUAGCUGGUCAUGAAAAUAGUUACUGAAGACUGUGGUGCCAUCUAGUAUUGUGGAAUUAAACGUUUCAUGUAAACCUUUACAUAAUUGGAAUGAGCAACAAAAAUAUGAUUAUUUUGUCCAUCUUACAGUGAAAUCUGCAGUCAGACACUUAGUGGUGGUUAGUGUUGUGUUUAUCUAUCUUUUGCUGCUUGUUAACAAACAGGAUGUGUAACCAUAUCAUAGUAAUGUUUAGACUUCUAGAAUGUUUAGAAGGAAACUUCUCUUGCCACAUAGGUACAUGGUUUGUACUGUGGAUGACCUAGCUGUGUUUAUAUACCCUAUAGCAUGAACACCUUUGUAUUUAUUUUGCAUCUUAAUAAACUUGUCCUACAUAGUUGAUAACCUUUCUUUAAGUCUUAAACCACCUAGUUAGCUGCUUUUUAAACAUGGUUUCUGGUUUAUAUCAUCCCUAAGUUGGAUUUGACUUUUCAAAUCAAAUGUGUGUUAGAAUAUAUAUCAUGUUUAUGAAUUUAUGCUUUAUUUUUCAACUGAAAACUCUGUAUAAAUAAGCACCAUGAUCUAAAAUGUCUACUUCUGAGUUGCACAUCCACAUUUUCAUUUAAGUGUUUUGUAAGUAGAUACCAUGAUUUUAAACCUUUGUUUGUAAGUUACAACCACAUAUUAAAUUGAAAGUAUUGUGAAAUUAGGUACCAUGAUACAAAAUUUCUGUUCAUAAGUUACACCCAAAUUUUGAACUGAAACUAUUUUGUGAGUAGGUUUGAAAAUGAAAGUAUUGUGUACAUGGGUAUGAUGAUCUGAAAUUCUUGUUCAUAAUGAGUCCCAAAAUUUGUAACAAAGUAUUGUAUGAGUGAGUAUGAUCUAACUGUAAAAUCUCUUUUUUUUUUUUAUAAGGUAUUCCCAAAUGUCUAACUGAAUGUAUUUUGUGAGCAGGUACCAUGCUCUAAAAUUUCACUUCAUAACUUAUUCCAAUAUUUUUAAUUGAAAGUGUUGUGUAAGUAGUUAACAUGAUCUGCAACAUCUACAUACAAGCUACAUAUUCAUUUUUAUCUGAAAACAAUGGGUGAAUAGAUACCAUCAAAUAAAAUUUCUGUUCAUGAGUUACACCCAUAUUUUAAACUGAAAACAGCAUGUGAAUGGGUAUUAUAAAGUCAAAUUUCUGUACAUACGUCAGUCCUACAUUUUUAAACUGAAAGUGUUGCUUAAGUACAAUAAUUAAACAUUUGUGUUCAUAAGGCAUACCUGUAUUAAAUUGAAAGUGAGUAGGUACAAUGGUUAGAAGAUUGGUGCUCUAACGUUGAGUUGAACAUGUUGCUAGAUGACAUGUGUACUUGAUUACUGAUUUCUCUAUUCCUUAGGUUUAAUGUACAAUAUAAAAUGGAAUUGUUGUUAAUGUAAGUAAGAUAAUUACCAUUUUUAUUUUUGUUAACAUAGGUAAUAGGAUUUCUGUUCUACUUUUUUGUUAAACUGAAGCUACAUGUCAUUGAGGCAUGCUAAUUAUAAUCUAUUUUAAAUGGAUAAUCUGUUUAAAUUUACAUUAAAAUCUUUGAAGCAUUAACCUGCUUGGUUUUCCUUGGCACUAGU